CUGCUGUCCUGCCUCCUUGGAUUCCUGCACGGUUCCUGGUCCAGCUCCCUCAGCCCCACAACACUUCGGGGGAUUCACCCGGGCCGCGACCCCCAAGUCUCCCAGGAGACGCCCUUUAGCCGCGCGCCCAGGACUUGCUGAAACUUUGCAGGCGCCCGCGGCGAAAUGGAUUUAUUCCGAGGCAUCUUGCUCGGACUCUGGCUCCAGGCUUCCAGCCUCGGACCCGGCGCUGCGUCUCUGGAAGCAGCUCUCGGAAAACCAGGCAAGAUGGGGCCUCCUCUUGACAUCACCCUAGACGCAGUGAACUGUACAGCUUUCAGCAUCCGGUGGAAAAUGCCCAGGCAUUUGGAGAGCCCCAUCUCGGGCUUCACUGUCUUUUACUCUGAGGUCAGUGGAGUCAACUCCCUGCAGGAACGGUCCCACAGCGUGCGGCUCAGCCAGGACCCCCCGGCCACUGGACAAUCUCAUCAUCAGGUGAUUUUGGAGGAAGUGAUUGGAGACUUGAAACCAGGCACUGAAUAUCAAGUGAGCAUAGUAGCUUACAGCGGGAUGGGCAAAGGGCAGCUCAGCCUUCCUCAGCAUGUUACCACUUUGCCCCAAGGUUCCUGCCUGCCUCCAACAGCACCUCAGCAGCCCCACGUCACUGUGGUUUCUGACUCCGAGGUGGCCCUGUCUUGGAAACCCGGAGAGAGUGAAGGAAGCUCCCCUAUUCAGUAUUAUUCUGUGGAAUUCAUCAGACCGGAUUUGGACAAGAGUUGGACCUUAAUCCAAGAGAAGCUCCAGAUGGACUCCAUGGUUAUCAAGGGUCUCGAUCCAGAUACCAACUACCAGUUUGCUGUGCGGGCCAUGAAUGCCCACGGGCCCAGCCCUCGCAGCCAGCCCAGCUACAUCAUCUGCACUGUCCGUCCCGAGGAAGAAGGAAGCGGCCGCUACGGACCCCAUUACAGAAACAACAUGGGGUCGGGUGAGGAUGAUGAAGGAGAUGAUGACGACUUAGAUUUGGAUAUUUCUUUUGAAGAGGUUAAACCACUUCCUGCGAUCAAAGGAGGGAAUAAGAAAUUAUUGGUGGAACCCCAGGUGGCACCUAUAUCGAACCCAAACACGGCUUCUAUGCGUGUGCCUCCCACCCCAGCAUCGCUCCCUGCUACGGCGGCUCCCUUGCCCACCCCCGUGAAGGAGAAAGGCAAGAAUAGUGUGGCGCCGAUGCCUAGGCUCCUUGGUACAUCUUGCGACGAAGCCCUUUGCCCUGCUGACAGCUUUUGUGUCGAUGACUACACCUGGGGGGGCUCGAGAUGCCACUGCAACCUGGGCAAACGUGGUGAGAGCUGCUCAGAAGAUAUUGUUAUACAGUAUCCUCAGUUCUUUGGCCACUCUUAUGUAACCUUUGAACCUCUGAAGAACUCCUAUCAGGCAUUUCAAAUUACUCUUGAAUUUAGGGCAGAGACGGAGGAGGGCUUACUGCUCUACUGUGGGGAGAACGAACACGGGAGGGGUGACUUCAUGUCCCUGGCCAUCAUCCGACGCUCGCUCCAGUUCAGGUUUAAUUGUGGAACCGGGGUUGCCAUCAUCACAAGUGAGGCCAAAAUCAAACUGGGGGCCUGGCACACAGUGACUCUCUACAGAGAUGGUCUCAACGGGCUGCUGCAGCUCGACAACGGCAGCCCAGUGACAGGCCAGUCCCAGGGCCAAUACAGUAAAAUUACCUUCCGGUCACCUCUGUACCUUGGUGGAGCACCCAGUGCGUACUGGCUGGUCAGAGCCACAGGGACAAACCGAGGCUUUGAAGGCUGCGUUCAGUCCCUCCUCAUUAACGGCAAGAAAACUGACAUGAGGCCCUGGCCCCUGGGGAGAGCGCUCAGUGGAGCUGAUGUGGGAGAGUGUAGCAGUGAGGUCUGCGAUGAAGCCUCCUGUGUCAAUGGCGGCGCCUGCACCACCGUGGGAGCUGACUCCUACAUCUGCCUCUGCCCCCUGGGAUUUAGGGGUCGACACUGCGAAGAUGCCUUCACGUUGACCAUACCUCAGUUCAGAGAGUCUCUGAGGGCCUACGCUGCCACACCCUGGCCACUGGAGGCCCAGCGCUACCUGUCCUUCAUGGAGUUUGAGAUCACGUUUCGGCCAGACGCAGGUGACGGCGUCCUCCUGUACAGCUACGACACGGCCAGCAAGGACUUCCUGUCCAUUAACAUGGCAGGGGGCCACGUGGAGUUCCGGUUUGACUGUGGUUCUGGGACUGGUGUUCUCAGGAGUGAAGACCCUCUCACCCUAGGCCACUGGCAUGAACUGCGUGUGUCUCGCACAGCAAAGAAUGGCAUCUUACAAGUGGAUAAGCAGAAGGUGGUGGAGGGAAUGUCAAAGGGAGGCUUCACACAGAUUAAGUGUAACACGGACAUUUUUAUGGGUGGUGUCCCCAGCUAUGAUGAUGUGAAGAAGAACUCGGGCAUCCUCAAGCCAUUUAGCGGGAGCAUUCAGAAGAUCAUCCUGAACGACCGACCCAUCCACAUGAAGCAUGACUUCACAUGGGGUGUGAACGUGGAGAAUGCAGCCCACCCCUGUGUGGGGGCCCCCUGUGCCCACGGGGGCAGCUGCCGGCCCAAGAAGGACAGCUAUGAGUGUGACUGCGCCUUGGGCUUCGAAGGGUUGCACUGCCAGAAAGCCAUCACAGAAGCCAUCAAGAUCCCACAGUUUAUUGGCCGCAGUUACCUGACAUAUGACAAUCCAGAUAUCCUCAAGAGGGUAUCAGGAUCAAGGUCAAAUGCAUUUAUGAGGUUUAAGACAACUACCAAAGAUGGCUUGUUGAUGUGGAGGGGAGACAGCCCCAUGAGACCCAACAGUGACUUCAUUUCCUUGGGCCUUCGGGAUGGAGCCUUGGUGUUCAGCUACAACCUGGGCAGUGGCGUGGCAUCCAUCAUGGUGAAUGGCUCCUUCCACGAUGGCCGGUGGCACCGUGUCAAGGCUGUGAGAGAUGGCCAAUCAGGAAAGAUCACUGUGGAUGAUUACGGGGCCAGAACUGGCAGAUCACCUGGCAUGAUGAGACAGCUCAACAUCAACGGAGCCCUGUACGUGGGUGGAAUGAAGGAAAUUGCUCUCCACACCAACAGGCAAUACAUGCGAGGUCUCACGGGCUGUAUCUCUCAUUUCACCCUCUCCACCGAUUACCACAUUUCCCUCGUGGAAGAUGCCGUGGAUGGGAAAAACAUCAACACUUGUGGAGCCAAGUAACACCAGCUGGCCUUGCCCAAGGGAUGGAGCCUUCUAUCCUGGGAAUCCCAGGGGGCCCCACGACCCUGCCCGAUGCCAUCCACAGAGGCAUGGGGACCAGGUGUGCUUCCUUCCAGCAAGGAGAAAGUAUACCCUGAUGAGAAUCUAGAACCAAGACGGGAACUCCUGUGUGGCCUUUCCUGCUGGCGCUCCUUGGGCCAAGCCCAGCGGAGGAUUACUUUGUGGAGGAAGUGGCAGACUUAGUCCAUUGAAUGUUCCGUGGCUACUAGAGGUCACAUCAAUGCAAAUUCCAGAUCCUGUCUGCAGUAGCUCCUUGACUGUGUUGUGAUUCAUAGUGUAAAAGAAUGAGAGACCCGAAGGUCAGUAUUAAAAUACUUCUCUCCUUCCCUGACUCAUGAUACUCUUCCAGACAGCAGCAAAACAGUGUGACCUUGAACCUCGAAUUUCUCACCUUGGCUCAUGAAUGAACCCCUUCCAGUCCUCAUCGGCUGGCUCAGUGCACUCUGACUAUUCCAUGGAAAUGUGGACAUGGGGAAGCUAGAUGGAAUCCUAAUCGUCACACCACCCCGAAUGAGCAAUCCCGAAUUUUUCUAACACAAAUCUAAGAACAUAGGCACCAUGAUUUUUUAGCUGUCAUUUUGUAUGUGUAUAUUUUUAUAGCUGCAGAUUGUCCACAAAGUAUACUUUUACAGGUUUGGGUGGGUAACCCUGAAUUCUUUGCACACUUCCUAAAAUUUUCUUCCAAAGGAGGCUGGUUUGGGCUCUUGGUGGCACUUGUGGAAGUGGAUAUAAGUUGGGGUAAACACCUUUCGUUAAAAAUUAGCCGCUCAAGGAGAUGAAGGUGCAGCUUUCCGAAAUAAGCAGAUUAAAAGAAAGUGUGUUCCUGAGGUGGGUCACUGUCAGUUUUUUUUUUUUUUUAUGGAGUGGAAAUAUCUGUAGCAAACUUGAAUAAAG